CAUUUCGGAAUGAGAACGUGGUUAUAUGCGUUCUUCACAAGGUAUCGUGAUUGAUGGUGAUCUAACUUGCAUUGUAAACAAUUGGUGUAUGCUCUUUUGAGAAUACAAUGGUGAUGGAGGAAUCAGAUAUGGAAUUAGCUUCGGAAAGUAUACCGGUUCCCCAGAUACAGGAGCCAAUAGUUGAUACAGUUAAACGCAACAACAAGCCAGGCGUUUCGCGUGGUAAACCAAGGCUGAGAAAGAAAGCGUUGCAUGCCGCAAUACUUAAGCAGAUGGAGUUUUAUUUCAGUGACGCUAACUUGAACAAGGAUCGUUUUUUGUCAGGACUUUUGAAAGAAAAUCCUUAUGUGGACCUUGAAAUAUUCACAAGAUUUAAUAAGCUACGUGAGCUGACCACAGAUACAAACAGGAUAGCUAAAGCUCUACACGGAUCGACUAUGUUAAAAGUAUCAGAGGAUGGUACAAAGGUCUGUCGAUUAACACCAAUUCAGAAGAAAGAAGAUAUUGAUCAGUGUACAAUUUAUGUACAAAAUUUACCUCCAGAUGCUGAUCAUGACUGGUUGAUAUCUAUUUUUUCUAAGUAUGGAUCAGUAGACUAUGUCUCGAUUCCACGUUAUAGGAGCAACAAGAAGAUAAAAGGAUUUGCAUUUGUAGAAUUCGAUAAGCCUAGUAGUGCUCUAGAAUGUAUUAAGACAUUCCGGAAAAAAAGAUGUGUUUUGCCAUCACAUAUAUCUCCUAAUGAGUUAUUAAGUAUAACAACAUUUGAUGAACCUAAUAAAGAUGCAGCAGUUGAAGUAAUAAAUUCAAAAGUUAAGAUAAGAUUGAAAGAUAAUGAAAACGAAAAGGCAUCUAAUGAAGAAACAGAGAAUACUAGCCGUAAAGGACUCCGUUUAAAGAGAUUGAUGACAGAAGAAGAAGAAACCGAGACCAAAGACAACAUGCAUGAAAUGGACAUAGGGGAUAAUACUAGCAAACAAAGUUUAAAAAAAAGAAAAUAUUCUUUGGAAAAAUCUGUUACAGACGAAAGUGAUGUUAAAGUUAAGAAAAAGAAAAAGGAAACUGCUGAUCAAAGUAUAAUAGAUCAAGAUGAAGGAAAAAAAGUAUUAAAAUCUGAAUCCGAAGACAAGAAUAAUAUUCUUGAUAAUGAAACAGAUGCAGUAGAUAACAAUGGCAGACAUAAAUUUAAAAAAAGAAAAUAUUCUUCAGAAAAAUUAUUUGUUACAGACGAAAAUCAAGAAAAAGACAUUAAAGUCAAGAAAAAGAAAAAAACCAUUGAUCAAAAUAUAUCAUAUCAACAGAAUGAAAAAGAAAAAGUGUUAAAAGAAGAACUUAAAGACAAUGAUAAUACUUGUGGUAAUAAUGUAACAUAUAAUAAUGAUAAACAAAGUUCAAAAAAGGAAAAAUAUACCACGGAAAAAUCACUUAUUUCAGAUGGAAGUGACGUUAAAGUAAAAAAAAGAAGAAAAACUGUAGAUCAAAGUACAAUAAAUCAGCAAGAUGAGAAAGAAAAAAUCCCAAAAGAAGAAUCUGAAGAUAAGGAUAAUGAUAUAGCAUAUAAUAAUGAUAGACAAAGUUCAAAGAAAGAAAAAUAUACCACGGAAAAAUCACUUAUUUCAGAUGAAAGUGACAUUAAAGUCAAAAAAAGAAGGAAAACUCUAGAUCAAAGUACAAUAGAUCAGCAAGAUGAGAAAGAAAAGGUGCCAAAAGAAGAAUCCGAAGAUAAGACUGAUGCUUACGAUAACGAAACAGAUAUAGCAGAUAAUAAUGAUCGACAAAGCUUAAAGAAAAGGAAGCUUACUCCAGAAAAAUUAUAUAUUAAAGACGAAAGGGACAGCAAUGUCACUGGAAACAGUACAGAAAAUCAAGAGAUUCCGAGUAAAAAUCGCAAUAAAAUUACAGAAAAAAAGAAGAGGAAACUUACGACAAAUGAUACAAUCACUACGGAAGACAACAGUGGAGAAGCGGUAAAAAAGGAAUGUCAAAAAUCAGCGACAAAUUCAAAUAAAAAUAAAUCAACAGAAUUGAAAUAUCCAUAUGAAGGCGAUGAGAACAACGAGGCAAAUGCUUUAGUGCAAACUGAAAAACAAUCUACAAGUGAUUUUGGUGCGAGAAAUAGCGAUAUCGAGGAAACUAGUGAUGAAAGGAAAAAGAAAAAAAAUAGGAAAAAAAGAAGUAAAAUUCUGGACAACGAUAUUUAUAGUAAGAUAGGAUUGCAAAUAAUGGCAAAAUUAGAUUGGAAACGUCUUAGAAAUAGAUAUUUAGAUUUGCAACGAUAUAAAAUGAAACAACUAAAGGUGCAUUUGAGAAAAGCUGAAGUGGAACGAGAUGGAAUUAUAAAAAAUGGAUAUCAUGAUAAAAUCGGACAAACUAAUACAUUGCAUGAUAAAUUAAAACAUGAAAAUGAUAAUGGUAAACUUGAAGAAAAGUCUUAUGGACGCGUCAAUUAUGUGCCAGGAAUUAUAGUAAAAAUCGAAAUGGAUGAGCCUUGCACAGAUAUGCAGAGUUUCAAGGAUGUAACAACUGAUUCUUGUGAAGCUUAUGUAAGAUGCGAUACAGCAGAAGCUGCGCAAACAUUCGCACAGCAGAGUUAUGAAGGAAGACACUUAACUAUUUUAGAAGGUGAUGAAGAGAAGUUGUAUUGGGAUAAAAUAGCAGAAGAUAGGAUGGAAAAGUUGAGUAAGAAAAAAAGAGUCAAGCAAAGGGGGCGCGAUAAAUUGCUUAAACGAGCAGAGAAAGAACUUGGAAAAUGUAUAAAGUUCGAUCAAGAUUAAUUUAUGGUAUUAUUCAACUUUUAUAAAGCUUAAUUAGGUACAUGUGUACACGUACGUCCCAAAUUCGCACAUCCCAAUCGGACACAACCAUUCAUAGACAAUACAUAAUAUUCAUAAAAUAUUUUUAAAAUAUUUUAUGCUGUCUGAUCGGUAUCAUUUUUCCACCAAUGAGAAUGUGUUAUUUCGCUUUAGCCAAUUUGCGAUGUGUUCGAUAGAGAUGUUCCCUAUAAUACGAUGGUAAUUUGAAAACUUCGCGAUUUUUAAUUCAUAAGGAUGCGAGCACACGAAUCACUUUGUCAUGUGAUAAAACAAACAUUGAUCAGUUCAUAUACACUUCAUGCUUUUGAAUCUAUAGAUUUGUCUGCAUUCUUUGCACUAAGUUUUUUCGCUUUCUUUCUUUUCAACAUUCAAAUAUCAUAGAUCUUAUACAAGAUGGAUAUAUAAACUCUAUGCUGAAUAUAUCUGUUUUCUGUGAUGUGACUGAAUUAAUAUAUACUUUUGGAACUUAAAAAUAUGAGAUAUAUGUACAAUAUAUACGUUUAAUAUUUAACGAAAGCGAGAAAAGUUUUAGUGCAGUGUCUAAUACCAUCAGUACAGUGUGUGUGUGUAUCUAAUAGAAAUAAAAAAA